UUUUAUUAGAAUUCGACUUUCUAAGGCUGUUUUCCUGAAGGAAGGGUGACAUCAUUCAUCGUAGUUCACUCCGUUAAUGUGAACAGCAGCAUCGAGUUUUAAAUCGGUCCUCAUCUGGAUGUAGAAAAAUUUUUCAUCCUCAUGUUGAAAUUCGUCGAUAUCUUCUUUUUUCGCCAGUUUUAAAAUCUUUCUCCACUCUCAAUCAUAAGUCUAAACGUUUACGUUGUUCAAACUUCCCCUUGCAGAAAUGUCAGAAGAUGUCUGGCGGAAGGUGACAAGAUGUUAACAUUUUGUUAGUUACUACUAUCGGUGGUGUGACGUCUGCAGUUUCGUACACAGCCUUUUGAACAGAGGAAAUGGCUGACUAUCCAAGACCAUUUAUUAGAUAUGAUGGUGAAGAUGACGAUGAAGACGAUGAAGAAGAUGCAAUUCCUAAGAUUAGAAUUGGGGUCUGUGCAAUGAGCAAAAAGACCAACUCCCAACCUAUGCAAGAGAUCUUAAAUCGAAUGUCAGCAUUUGACUGUGUGGACAUAUCUGUGUUUCCUGAUGACACUAUCCUGAAUGUUCCAGUGGAGGAAUGGCCCAUUUGUGACUGUUUGAUUUCAUUUUACUCCAAAGGCUUUCCACUUGAGAAAGCAAUUGAGUAUGCCCAGCUGAGAAAACCAUUCAGUCUAAAUGAUUUGGAAAUGCAAUAUGCCCUGAUGGACAGACCAACAAUGUACAGUCUUUUGGAGAGUGCAGGGAUUGAAACACCAAGACAUGCUAUUUUGCUACGAGAUGAUGAUGGAGAUCCCAUAAACACUAAUUUUGUUGAGACGGAUGAUUCUGUACAGAUUGGUGAUGUUGUAUUCCAAAAACCCUUUGUUGAAAAACCAGUAAAUGCAGAAGACCACAAUGUGUACAUAUAUUACCCCUCAUCAGCUGGAGGUGGCAGUCAAAGAUUGUUCCGAAAGGUGGGAAAUAGAAGCAGUGUGUACUCAGGUGAGAGUUCUGUGCGCAAGGAAGGGUCUUACAUUUAUGAGGACUUUGUGGUCACUGAUGGAACAGAUGUGAAGGUGUACACAGUGGGCCCAGAGUAUGCUCAUGCUGAGGCACGGAAGUCUCCUUCACUUGAUGGAAAAGUUGAAAGAGAUAGUCAAGGAAAGGAGAUACGUUAUCCUGUCAUCCUAAACCAGUAUGAGAAAGAACUGGCAAAUAAAGUCUGCAACCUGUUCAAGCAAACAGUUUGUGGGUGUGAUUUACUGCGCACUCAUGGCAAAUCCUAUGUUUGUGAUGUCAAUGGCUUCAGUUUUGUAAAGACAUCCAAGAAGUACUAUGAUGAUGCAGCACAGGUCUUAAUGAGCCUUAUUGUACAUAAACUAGCACCUCAAUUAUACACACCGUACAAUCUUGAUUUACCAGAAGAGACACCCACUGUUGAAGCCCUGGAGGGUACCAUGUUAGAGCUAAGGUGUGUUAUUGGCAUUAUCAGGCAUGGUGACCGAACUCCAAAGCAGAAAAUGAAGAUGGAAGUCAGGCAUCCAAGAUUUAUUGAACUUUUCAAGAAGUAUCUUGGCUUUGAUGAACACAAGCUCAAGUUGAAGAGGCCGACCCAGUUACAAGAGGUGUUGAAUAUUGCCAGAGAUUUGCUAGCCAACAUUAAGGAGGGGAUUCCAAUCUUUGAGAGGCGUAACAAGCUCCAUCAACUCAAAAGUGUGUUGGAAAUGUAUGGGUAUUUCUCUGGAAUUAACAGAAAGGUUCAAUUCAAGUACCUUGGCAAACCUCGAGAUGGGAGUGAAAGUGAAAGCAGUGAGAGUCGACUAACAGAUUCUGGUUCUGAUGAGAAGAGUGGAAAGCAAAAAGUAGGGAAGGAAGCAAAAACAAAAGACAGUAAAGAAGGCACAGGGCAAUCAAGUGAAGAAUCACAGGAAAAUGAAGAAACAAAAGAUGAAAAACUAAAGGUACCAGUUGACUCUGAACACGCACUGCUGCUGAUAGUCAAGUGGGGUGGAGAACUGACCACAAUGGGAAAGGAGCAGGCCUUACAGUUAGGACGGGCUUUCAGGAGCAUGUACCCUGGAGGUCAAGGGAGAUACUCUGCAAUGUCUGGCAUUGGUUUACUGCGACUUCAUAGCACCUACAGGCAUGACUUGAAGAUUUAUGCAUCUGAUGAGGGACGAGUUCAAAUGACAGCUGCAGCAUUUGCAAAGGGUUUUCUUGCACUUGAAGGUGAGCUGACACCAGUUCUUGUACAUCUGGUACGUAGUGAUAAGAACACCACGGAAAUGCUUGACACCUCUGAUGCUGCUACCAAGAUACUAGGAAAAGUAAAACACAGGCUUCAUGAAAUGCUUCAUUCCAAUGAUGAUUUCAAAGAAGAGGAUUUUGCUAGGCUUGCACCAAACAAGUCUCCUUCUGUGAUGAAUGCCAUGAAAUUUGUGAAAAAUCCAUACAAAAUGUGUGAAAAGCUGCACAACUUGGUAGCGAAUCUUACUGGACAAUUAAAGGAGCUGAUAUCCCAGAAAAUUUAUGAUCCAAGAGAUCCUUUCCUUUAUCAUGACGAAACAUUGGAGCUGAUGAUGCACAGGUGGACGAAGUUAGAAAAGGAUUUUAAGUUGAAAAAUGGCCAGUUCGACAUCAGUCUUAUUCCAGAUAUCUACGACUGUAUCAAGUACGACGUGCAGCAUAACAGUAACCUGUGUUUGAAAAACGCUAUGGAUUUAUACAAGUGUGCCAAGGCUUUUGCAGACAUUGUUAUUCCGCAGGAAUACGGAAUAACAAUGGAAGAGAAGCUAGCCAUUGCUCAAAGAGUUUGUGUAAGACUUUUAAGGAAGAUUAGAGGAGAUCUCCGGCACGCAGACAAGUCAGAUAUACACACCCGCCUUAAUCCCAGUUAUUCACAGAGUGUGGAAACACCGCAUCGCCAUGUUCGAACAAGGCUGUAUUUUACAAGUGAGAGUCACGUGCAUACAGUGCUAAAUGCUUUUCGAUUUGGAAAGCUUUUUGAAGAUAUUCCGGAUAACCAGUGGCAGAGAGCUGUGUCGUUCUUAGGAGAGGUACCAGAAUUGAACUACAUGACUCAGAUUGUGCUGUUGUUGUAUGAGGAUCCAAAGGCGGAUCCUUUGUCUGAAAACCGAUUUCAUGUGGAGAUGCACUUCAGUCCUGGAGCCAAGACUAUGGAUGAUCCAGAGUUUUUAGCAAGGAACUCGCCUACAAGGAAACGAAGUGAGGAAGAUGUGAGAAUCUCGUCGGCUGCUGGUGGUUCAACGACGGGGAAUGUAUAUACAACGAGCAGAGGUGUCGCGGAUGAUGGCCAUCAAGUUCAGGAUAGUGUGGUUAAUACGACAACAUCAAUUAACAGUCCUAAUUCUUCCUCUGCUCCUUACGGAAUAGCCACAAGUACUUAUCCUGGACAAUCCCAGACGACGGAAAAAACUGGAAGUUUUGUUAACGACACUGCAAAUGACAUAGGUAGCUCUGUAAGUGCAGAGCAGAACUCCGCUGUGGAGGAAGCUUUGGAAAGCGAAGAAUUUGAACCGUACGAUGAGACUGUAUACGCUGGUAAUGAGCGGCCACGUUUUUCAAUCGGUAUGGAAGACUAUUCAGAUUCUGCCGUGGGUCCAAGCACAGGUGAUAGUACUGUGUCUUCGGGUACAUCUAUUGAUGACUCGUCUGGUGAAGAGAAACCGUUAAAGAGGCAAAGGAACAGUUUGAGUGAAACAGAAAUUAGCCCCGCCCCAACUGAAAUUGAAAGGAGAUGUAAAUCGGACAGUGACGUGUUAUCCGUUGGAAGUCCAACAAGGGAUUCUCCUCUAAGAAGAAAAACGAAGGACCAAGAGGCAAGUUCGAUAAAAUGCAUCGUGGAAGAAGAUGAUUCCAAACCACUUGUGGCCAGUCGAAGGCCGAAGGCUCAUUCGGUUGAUGGAUCACCAGAUGAUUUUUGUUUUGGCAAGUUGAUAGAAGGCAGAGUAAAGCCUUCAUCGGCCAAGUCGGACACUUCUUCUGUUCGGCCACGUAAGGUCUCGUUUGAUAUGGUGCGAGACCAGGGAAAGAGCGACUUGGGCGGUCAGCCAUUAAAGGUUGUCCAGUCAACCCCGUCCUUGAAGAAGGGAGGUUCUCCGCGGAAAUUUAUACUUGGAACUACAACCUCCUCCAUUCGUGCAGUCAGAAAUCUUUCGUAUGCCAUUCAAAGUGCUUUGGUUGUCAAGCCAUAUUCUUUUACAAAAAGCACGAAAAACAGCCGAAAGCCACCAAUUGCAGACUUCUAUGAAGAAAUGACGAAAGUGGAAUCACUGAAUCCCUUGCGUACACUUCACAAUGCGAUACCACUGAGGGAAAUGGACAGCUACUUCGACAAAGCCACUGGUCAGAACUUUGAAGCUCUUGUUACACCAGUCGGUACUCCCUCGAGGAAGGCUUCGUCGAAGAAACUUGCUGCCAAAUCUUCAAAUCCUACACAGUUGCUGGCGAAGAUGUCCAGUGUAGCUAGCGAGGUCGUCGAAGGAGUCGAGGAGUUGCUCAAUGAAAAAUUUGAAGAACCAGAUUCUUGAUAUUUCAGGGUUCUCUUUCCGAUGAAAAUGACUGAAAAGCAGAUUUUGUUAAUGUUAUAAUUUGACUGGCGGAGUGCAUUUUAUGUGCAAUAAGUUGUUAGCUUUUAAAAAGUAACCGAAAUAUUUCGAGCUCUUUGAUAAGCCAAACACGUAUCAUUUAUUGAAACGGUAAAUCCAUAGAUAUUUUAUUAAAGAAAUAGACCGUACUUUCUAUCGGUUACCCAGCGAAAUAACACGAGAAAAAUUUGUAACCUACGGUCUGCAGGCGAUU